CAUUACUCUGGGUCUGGAAGGGCUGGCUGAGAAAUCAAGGAUGAAGCUCCUUUUUGUAGCUGCCUUUGCACUCUUUGUGCUCUCUACAUUUGACAAGGCUGACUCUUCAGCUUAUGACAAAAUAGUCGCCCACAGUCGCAUCAGGGCAAGAAAAGAAGGACCCAAUGUCUGCGCGCUCCAGCAAGUCAUGGGAACCAAGAAGAAGUACUUUAGCACUUGUCGUAACUGGUACCAAGGGGCCAUCUGUGGAAAGAAAGCGACUGUGCUUUAUGAAUGCUGCCCAGGGUACAUGAAGAUGGAGGGCAUGCGUGGUUGCCCUGCAGUGGCUCCAAUUGACCAUGUGUACGGCACCUUGGGUCUGGUGAAGGCCACCUCAACCCAAAAUUACGCUGACAUUUCUAAGCUCAGACCUGAGAUUGAGGGAUCUGGAUCCUACACCUUCUUCGCCCCCAGCAACGAGGCCUGGGAGCUUUUGGAUGAGACAGUGAGGAGUGCACUCGUCAGCAACGUGAACAUCGAACUGUACAACGCUCUGCAUUAUCACAUGGCCAACAAACGCUUAUUAACUAAAGAUUUAAGAAACGGGAUGACAGUCACUUCCAUGUACAAUGACCUUGGUCUUCAGAUUAACCAUUACUCCAAUGGGGUGGUGACUGUGAACUGCGCCAGGAUUAUCUAUGGAAACCAGGUUGCCACCAAUGGAGUUGUGCAUGUCAUUGACCGUGUCAUCAGCUCUGUUGGAAACACAAUCCAGGAUGUCAUCGACGUUGAUGAUGACCUGACAACUCUGAGUGAUAUGGCACAGAGAGCUGGACUGUCGGAUAAGUUGGGUCAGCCAGGACAUUACACUCUGUUUGCCCCCACCAACGACGCCUUUGACAGUCUGGGUGGCGACGUGUUGGAGAGACUUCAGAGCGACCCGGAGGUCCUCAAAGCUCUUGUUAGUUUCCACCUCCUGGACUCAGUCCAGUGCUCUGAGGCCAUCAUGGCUGGCACCUCUUAUGAGACCCUUGAGGGCAACAACAUUGAGAUCGGCUGUGAUGGUGAAAGCUUGACAGUCAACGGUAUAAAGAUGGUGCGCAAGAAGGACAUAGUAACAACCAACGGUGUCAUCCACCUUAUUGACCAAGUGCUCAUGCCAGACUCAGCCAAGCAGGUGAUGGAACUAAUUGGAACUUCUCAGUCAACCUUCGGUGACAUGGUGUCCGAGUUGGGUCUCUCUGCUGCCAUGAGACCAGAGGCUGAGUACACUUUGCUGGCGCCCCUCAACGUCGCCUUCAGUGAUGAAGUGAUGUCCAUGGAUCAGAGGAUGCUGAAGCUUAUUCUGGAGAGCCACAUUUUGAAGAAUAAGGUUGUCCUGGGACAGUUGUAUAAUGGCCAGCGGCUGGAAACCAUUGGAGGAAAACUUCUGAGGGUCUUCAUCUACCGCACAGCUGUGUGCAUUGAGAAUUCCUGUCUGAUAAGAGGAAGCAAGGAAGGAAGCAAUGGGGCCCUUCAUCUCAUGAGGACCUUCUUGAAACCAGCGGAAAAAAAUAUCUUUGAGAUUCUGACAGAAAAUGGAGGGUUCAAGAUCUUUUUGUCUCUGAUGGAAGCUGCUGACCUGACUGACCUUCUGAAACAGGAGGGAGACUUCACUCUGUUCGCCCCAACCGAUAAAGCUUUUACUGGUGUUAGCGAGAGAGAUUUGGCCUUGCUGAAGGGUGACAUAAAUGCUCUCAGAACGAUCCUUCUGUAUCACAUCAAUAAUGGUAUCUUCAUUGGUGGUGGUUUGGAGACUGGCGUGACGAACCUUCUCAAGACUCUGCAGGGCAGCAACAUCAAAGUUAUGCAUGCAAACAACACAAUGCAAGUGAAUUCCGUCCAAGUCCCUGAAUCUGAUAUCAUGGCCACAAAUGGAGUCAUUCACUUCGUCAAACAAGUCUUGUAUCCCGGAGAUAUCCCUGUUGGAAGCCAGGAUCUCCUCAUGCUGUUGAAGAGGCUCAUCUCUUACAUGCAAAUCAAGUAUAUUGCAGGAUUCAGGUAUCAGGAGAUUCCCCUGACAUUUAUGAAGAGGAUCAUCACUCAUGUCAUCCAGGAAGUUCCUGACGUAACCAAAGUCACCAGAGUCAUUGAAACAAAACCCUCUGUCACCAAAGUCACCAGAGUCAUUGAAGCAAAACCAUCUGUUACCAAAGUCACCAGAGUCAUUGAAGGAAAACCAACUAUUACCAAAGUCACAAGGGUCAUUGACAGUGAUCCCACCAUCACCAAAGUCACGAGGGUUGUCACAGGUCCUCAGUACUCGGUCAGCACUGGCACCACUAACAUCAAACUGGAAGGAACUGACCUUUCAGAAAUUUCCAGCCAUGAUGUGAACCCUAAUUUUGAUGCUGAAAGUCUUACCAGAAUUAUCCAAGGAGGUGGUUCAAGAAGAACCUCUUCCCGAAGAGUUGUGGCAACAGGAGGAGAGGAAGGGACUGAGCCUGGACAGAUGAGAAUACCAACAUUGUAAAGGCAGAGAGAGAAACCAAAACCAGAGGAUGAAACUAGUGUUUAAUACAGGGGAUACACUUAGGAUGUCAGUGAUUUCAAAUAUACUGUAAUAGGUGUAACUGACAAAAAUAAAACUAUUCUCAUAAACAAUUUAAUGGUGCUUUGAAUGUAUAUCUAUUGUGAGUGUGCAAUGUCUUGAAAGAGUCUUGGCUUAAUUCAGCAUAGUAUGUAAACAGUGUUCAAAUGAAUGUUUUGGCAUGACUUUAAAGACAUGGAGCAAGUCAGGGUAGCAAUAAAAUCCAAGCCAUUAAGGUUGUAAUAAAAACAUUUCAGUAUUAAACUUCUCGAUGUCUUUGAGACUGGUGAAGGUUAAAGGAAGAGUUUACUAGCUGUUUGGCAAGAUUGAUAUUAUCUCAGCAUGUUAAGGGGUGGAGAAAGAAAUUAUGAUGUGUUUUCAGAUUUAAACUUUUACCAACUCUUAAAUUCUCCAGCUGUAAGUUGUUUAAGGUUUUGUGUAAAUGUUGUCUAUGCUUGUUUCAUUUGGAACAAUGUAUCCAACUGCAGGUUUUCAAGGUUGUCAAGCAUCUGCUAAUAAAGUGCAUUUUCUUGCAAUAAAUAUGCCAGUAUGAUGAGGGCAUCUGAAGACAGUGUUGUUUGUAAUGUCUACUUGUAAAACUCUUAGGUACAUGACAUUGGUUCAGAGAUUAAAACAUCAAAUGUCCAAUCUAAAUAUUAUGGCUACAUUUUGUAUUUCCAAGUACAAGGUCUUUAAAUUCAGCUGAGAACUGACCUUUUGUCAGUGGCCCGGUCAUUUUUCUUCAUGUUUUAAAGGGGUUUGGCUGUCCACUUUGGAAACUUCCAUGACAUUAUGUGUAAUAUAAAAUAAACUGGGUUUAAUUUGCAAAAUAAACUCUC